UAGAGAGAGACAUCAGGAGGCGACUCACUGAGGAACAGACUGGGAAUUGUCCCCUGCUGCUCCCUGUAACUCCCUUCUACUGUGUCCCUGACAUUCCCAUCCCCUGUACUCACAUCUCCAGCCUCAUCUACUGGGUUCUUCAGAGAUGGAGGCAAGUGCUGCCGACAGAAAGUCCGAGAGUCCUACAGAUUUGGACAUUAAGGAAUCUCUGGCCGCAAUAAAGAGAGAAAUGGAUUCUGGGGCCGAAGCAGAAAUAUUGCAGAUUAAGGUAGAGGAAGAUCCAGACUCUGAGGCCCUUCUGAACCCAACAGACAGUGAGACUGGGGCAUUUGUAGGGGAUAUCACAGAGGAUGAGAUCCUACAGAUAAAGAUCGAGGACGAUGAAUUGGACCCUGAAGAUCACAUGGACAGUGGAAGGAGAACAGCAUUCACUAAUAGGGACACCCAGGCUUCAUGUAGUGCCUCAGGAACAGCAAAGGGGGCGUCACGGGGGGAAGCAGUUCUCCGAGGACACGCAGACUCAGGCACAAAAUCGGAGAAUUGUUCAACAAGAGCUAAAACUCUGGCAUUUAUCUGCUGUAAAUGUGGGAAAAGCUUCCCUGCCAACAGUGACCUUCGGAAACACAUCUGCGCCCCCCGUACUAGAAGGAGGAGCUUUACUAAUAGGAGAAAGGAAGAAGUAAAGAGGAAGAGGAGGAAGAAACCAAAGGAGAAGCAGCUUUUCAUGUGUACGGAAUGCGGGAAGCACUACUGUAGUAAGCACAGUCUGCAGACACAUCUGCUGGUCCACACUGGUGAGAGACCUUUCAAAUGUAAGGAAUGUGGCAAAGGCUUUGCUCGCAAGGUCAGUCUAGUGACACACGAGAGGAUCCACACAGGGGAGAAACCAUUCACCUGCAAAGAAUGUGGCAAGAAAUUCUCCUACAAGAUCAGCCUUAUGACACACGAGUGGAUUCACACCGGCGUGAAACCAUUUAAGUGCACAGCCUGCGGCAAAGGAUUCUGUCUCAAGAGUCAGCUCCAGAGUCACCUGAAAAGUGAAAACCCAUGUACGGAAAAUGGAAAAAAUCCCGACGGUAAAACCCCCACCGAGGAGAAGAUCUUCACCUGCAAACAGUGCGGCAAAACCUUCUCUCGGAAAAGAAGCCUUGAUAGCCACCAGAAAAUUCACCCAGACGGGAAGCCCUUCCUGUGUACGGAGUGCGGGAAAAGUUUCUCUAGGAAAAGGAACCUCCAUAAACACCAGAAAAUUCACACGAGGGAAAAACCAUAUAAAUGCACGGAAUGUGGGGAAAGUUUUGCCCAUAAGGGAAGCCUUUCUUGCCACCAGAAAAUCCAUGCGAUUGAGAGACCUUUUAAGUGCAAUGAGUGUGGGAAGAGCUUCACUCUAAAGACAACGCUCCAAACGCACCAGAAACUUCACACUGGGGAGAAACCGUUCUCCUGCACGGAAUGUGGGAAGCGAUUUGUACAGAAGAGCAACUUCCUGAUCCACAGGAGAAUUCACACCGGGGAGAAACCAUUCAUAUGUUCAGAGUGCGGGAAGGGCUUCUCUCACAAAAUUCACCUUCUGUCGCACGAGAGAAAUCACCGAGGUGAGAAACCGUUUACUUGCAACGAAUGCGGGAAGAGUUUCUCUCAGAACGGCAGCCUCUACAAUCACAAGAAGAUUCACACCGGGGAGAAACCAUUCACCUGCACGGAAUGUGGGAAAAGCUUCUUCCAGAAAAACAAACUUCUAAGACAUGAAAUGAUCCACACAGGGGAGAAACCUUUUGUGUGUACGGCGUGUGGCAAAGGUUUCUCUCAGAAGGGCAACCUGCAUACCCACCUUAAGGUUCACACAAAAGAAAAACCUUUCACAUGUACAGAUUGUGGGGAGAAAUUUACCCUCAAGAGAAAAUUUCAGAAGCAUCAGAAAAUCCACGUUGGCUAGAAAACCUUGACAUGUUUAAUGAAAAGGUGCUCAUUCUGAAUAGAAGUGUUGCCGUUCCUUGCUGCAUGGCGGCUUCUACAGGGGCUUCUUGUAGGCCUUGGUUGGUCAACCUUCACUUGUUGUGAUGUUAGGGGACACCCAGCAGAAGUGGUAGUGGAGGGCAGAUUUAGGACAGCCUUGAAGUUGUGGUUACAAUGAUCAGUGGGCAGUCUUCAUAGUCUCUGAUGGAACUGAUCCCCAGAGCAUUUUUCAAGCCAUCUACAAAACCCAGCAAUGAAAUUCUUCAGGAACCUUAAAGAGAUACUGUCAUGGAAAAAAAAAAUGUUUUGUUCAAAAUACAUCCGUUAAUAGUGCUGCUCAAGCAGAUUUCUGAGCUGAAACCCGUUUUUCAAAAGGGGCAAACAGAUUUUUUUAUAUUUAAUUGACAUCUUGUCAGUUUCCCAGGUGCCCCCCGUCAUGUGACUUAUGCUCUGAUAAACUUCAGUCACUCUUUACUGCUGUACUGCAAGUUGGAUUUAACAAGAAGGUUACAUGUAUAAUUUCCCAGUUAUAGAGAUCAUAUCUGUCACAGGGAACAUAUUAAGAACUAGCAACCGCAAAAAACUAAAUACAUUUCUGUGGCCCUGACAUAGGUCUGACUGGGGGGUCUGGGCCCACUGGGGCUGCUGGGGCUGCUGUUCCAAGGCCCCCCUCCGGCCUUCCUCACUGAGCCUUGUGGGUGCACAUGCACGCAUUGUUUUUGCCGCGAUCGUCCAGCAAAGGGAGGUCAAGGCACGAAGAAGUUUCUAAAAUUCGGGUCUGGGUGCGGAUCUGGGCCGGUAGGGCCCACAAGAGUCAGCGGCCCAUCUGGUUUUUUCCCUGUGUCCCGCCGGCCCAGUCCAACCCUGGACAUAGGGGUUAUGUAUGGUAUGCUCUGAUGAGUAGCUAUUCAUCUGUGUUUUAUCUCAUCCAUAUUCAUUACAUAGGAGUAAAGUAAUAGGAGUAAUAUCAUGUGCAAAGAAUAUAAAUAUAUAUUGUGAAUUGACAUUUUAUGUUACUAGCCCUAAAAAAACACCAGCUCCCUGCACAUUACUGUGUGUUUAUCUUCACCCAUAACUGGCACUGGUCUGCUCUUGUUGUGCCAUGAUGUUUAUAAUGGCAGGUGCCAGGGAAGACUAUAAGAAUUGACCAUGAGGUAUUAGGUGUAAAAGGGCACGAAACCCUAAGAUGUUAAAUUGCAUUUAGCAGAAGGAGAUCCUAUGCUGGCAUAGCUUCCACUCUGUACAAUGCAGGGUUUGUAAUGUAAAAUGUGCUUGAUCUUAAGUAGUCACCCCCCAUCCAAUAAUGCCAUGUAAUGGCUUGUGAGCACCUUAUAGGGGGUGUCCCACUUUACAAUGAGAGAAAGGAAUAUGUAAGAACCAACCAACAAUGGAGUCUUACUAUAGACAGAGUCUGCAGGCAGGGUCUGGAACAUAAUUUGUUGAUUGCAAGAACUUUCCCAAGUGUCCAUGGUACAUGGCCCUGAUAGUGGUGCUCCUAGAGAAAUAUCCGAUUUCCUGAGCCUAUCCUCUUCAAUUUCGUAUGCCCAACUGUGCCAUCCUUUCUAAUUUCUGCCACGGGUUUCUGGCUGCUCUACUAACUACCCUAAAGCUGGCUCCACUCAUAGAGUCAUCUUUAAAAGAUAGAGAAGCUCUUUCUUCUUCUAUUUGAGACCUAUCUGCCUUAGGCUUCCAUCUCUGUCCACCCUCUUCUAUUGGGUGUAGUUGAAAGAGAUUUGAGCCUGGCUAUCCUUUUCCUUGUAUAGACUAGAGGAAGCUCCAGGGCACGGCUAGCCUAAAUAAGAACACUUUCUCCCAACCAUACCUCACAGACCCAGCUCAGUAGAUACGGCUGUACCUGCAGAGUGUAGAAGUAGGAUUGGUCAAACUUUCAAUGCAAAUCAGUAAUGGUUUCAUCACUGAGCUACUUUACUAAAGAUAGAGGUGACUCGCUCCCUAUUCCAACACUCACUCCAGCUCAGAGCCAAUAAGGAAGGCAGUGUGACAUAGGCAAAAUCUUAUUAAGAAUAAUGUGGAACUAUGGGGCAAUUUUCAAGGCAAAGAGGUGAUUAUUUAUGGCUGAGCAUUAAAGAGCCUGACUGUUCUAUGAGGAGAGUGUCAACCACCUUUGCUUCCUUUACUGACUUGAUUACUUUAUGCUAAUACAGUAUUUAGCAGACUGUGCCAGUUCAAUCAGUUCAGUUAUUUUUGAUUGGUUCCUGGAUGAUGAACCAUAACAAUGAAUAAUGGCACCUGCCUAUGGGAACACAAUCAAACAUCUACACGCCACUUCCUUGUAGACACUGGUGCUGCUCAAUCUCUACUCAAAGCCCAAAAUAACCCAAAAAGGGGUAAAAGGUACAUGGAAUGCCCUAUUUAAUUGAUUUUGAAACCAAGGACUAAGCCAUGAAACACAUCGGGCAAAAGCCCACAGCAAAGUCUGUGUUUCUCCUCUUCUUUCAUGGACCUGCUGAUGGAAACCGUUGAGGUUAUGUUGUUGGGAUGAUUUUCUUUACAGCCUUGGUCAUGCCCACAUGACCUUAUAAAUGGCUGAUGAUUGGAUGGAACUGUUUAUAAGUGUGAUGCAAUUUGUACAAAGCGGCGUGAUGUCACUAAUCAGGUUUAUUGUAAAUUAAGGAUUGUCAGUAAAGGCUAUUUUUAUAUGGAAUUGUUUUUACAGUGCAGAAUAACCCCUGGAAUACUUGUAACCAGAGGAGACACAUUUGUACCAAUGAGCAGUGAAAUUGGCUGCCGCCCUUUCUUUUUUGUAUGUGCCCAUUUGUAUUUUCUAUACAACUAAUAAAAGCAAAUGCUGCCUUG